CUUCCCAAUUGUGCCUCUGCAGUGGCGUUUCCUGCUCUUCUUCUUUUUGUCUCUCCUUUGUACAGCGUCGUUUCCUGUCUAGAAAGAUGAGGAAUCUUGAAAACCCUCUCGAGCUGCUCAAGGCCAUCCUCGUGCGCAUCCCGCUCAUUUUCAAAACCAUCUUCUUCCAUGGCAUUCGCCUCUCCCCCGUCAAGGGCAAGCAGGAUCUACGCACUGAAUUGACAGUCGCUGUCAUCCGCUCGCUUCUCAGCUUCAGCGCCUCCGUCUCCGAGCAACAGAAAGCCAGCAUACGCGAUCCCGGAAUCAAAGGCCCUAUGUGGGUGUCCAAUGUAACACUUCCGCAGCCGGAGAUCGACGUCCAGGACGCAGUGAUGAAAGCCAUUGAGGCCCUCAAGACGGGUGACGAGACCUACGAUCUACCCGGAGUAGUGCCGGUCGAGGCAGAAUGGACUGGCUAUCGCAGUGGCGUGGACAAGAACGCACCGCAGCCCGAUAUCUCCGAGGAAGCCAAGUAUGAGGAACUGAAGAAAGAAUCGAAGGAAGAUAUGGUCAUUCUUUACUUCCACGGAGGGAUUUACUUUCUCAUGGACCCCUGCACGCACCGUCCCACUGUCGCACAGCUCUCCAAACAGACGGGGGCGCCCGUCCUCUCCGUGCGCUACCGUCUGGCUCCCCAGCACCCCUUCCCUGCCGCCCUGACCGACGCGCUGGUCGCCUAUCUCUCCCUCAUCUCCCCACCUCCAGGCUCGCUGCACGACCCCGUCCCACCCAACAAGAUCAUCCUCGCCGGCGACUCCGCAGGCGGCAACCUCUCGAUCGUCCUGUUGCAACUGCUCCUUACACUCCGCCGUGUACAGCCCACCAUCCGUUUCCAUGGCCGCGAAAUCCCCAUCGAGCUUCCAGCCGGUGUGGCCACCUCCUCGCCCUGGUGCGACAUGACCCGCGCCAUGCCAUCGGUCACCCACAACGCGAUCUACGACUAUAUCGACGCGCCGGCCUCCACGCCCGCCACGGACCCGUUCUACCGGCCCCUCGUUGUCCCCGAAGACGACAUCUGGCCCGUCAAGCCCCCUCGCGUCGACUUGUACACCCACGCAUCCGCCCUCCUUCACCCGCUCGUCUCCCCCAUCGCCGGCUCGCCCGAGCUUUGGACCGACUCCCCUCCCAUCUUCAUGUCCAUCGGUGAAGAAAGCCUGACGGACGAAGGGCUCGUCCUGGCCCGCAAGAUGCACCGCGCCGGCGCCCCCAUCGUCGUGGAGCAGUUCGAGGGCAUGCCCCACUGCUUCGGGUUGGUGAUGAUAGACUCUCCACCCGGGAAACGGUUCUACGAGGGCAUGGCGGGCUUCUGCCGCGACGCCACAGCGGCCGAGGGUGGCGCCGACGUCGUCAAGGCCAAGCGAUCGGCUCGUGGCGGCGAGAUCACCUACAUCGGGUACAAGCUGCUGUAUGAGAAGGCCGUCUCGUUGGAGGAAGCGGUCUCCCUUACCGAUGAGGAGAUCGAGGAGCGCUUGCGCGUCAAUGCAAUGUGGAGACAGGAGGGCGAGCGCGAGUUGCAGAGGGAGUGGGCUGAGAGGACUAAGCUGUGA